UUUUCAUUGUUUACUUUUAGGUCCUAACCAUGUGCGUUUCCAGCGGGCCUCGUAUUUGUCUCCUAUGCCUAUUACUGUAUGGCUGGCAAGCAAAGGCAGUGGUGCCAAACACAACGGGUGGCAUUCCAGAGUUGUAUGACAAGGUUGAACCAAAGCAGGAAUAUAGUGAUGCUGAUGAGGAACAAAAAGAGCUGUAUUUUAUGGAGAAAGAUUAUUUUUUAAAAAAAAUGAUGACAAAGUAUGGAAAUGGAGUUGAAAUGAAUUAUGAAGGGUUUGAACAUCUGUUGCAUAAGCUAGGUCUCGGAGGGUUGUUGGAGUUUGACCACGAGGUCAGUUGUCAUAAGGCUGAAAAUAGUUCUGAUUUUCAGGAAAUGCAUCUGCACCAUAAUCAUUCAGGGAACAUAUUAUCAACUUCAAAAGUAUGUGAGAAUAAAGACGAACAUUCCCAUGAACACAAAGAUCAUGAACAUGAUAAUCAUGAUCAUAUUCACAGUCACAGUGAACAUGAAAAUGAACACAUUCAUGAGGACCAUGUACAUGUUGAAGAACAUGAUCAUGGACAUGCUGAUCACAAACAUUCCAAAGAUCAUGAUCAUGAUCACACUGGAGACAAUAAUCAGGAACACACUGAAGAACAUGGUCAUAAACACAAUGAAGACCAUCAUUAUGAACACUCUGAAGAACAUGAUUAUGAACACACUGAAGAAAAUAAUCAUGAACACUCUGAAGAACAUGAUUUUGAACACAACAGCCAGAAUGAAACUAUUGAAUUAGAUCUAGAUCAUGAACACGAUCAAAAUCAUACAGAUGAACAUGAUGACCAUCAUCAUGACCAUGAUGACCAUCAUCAUGACCAUGAUGAUCAUAAACAUGCCCAUGAUGAUCAUAAACAUGACCAUGAUGACCAUCAUCAUGACCAUGAUGAUCAUAAACAUGAGCAUGUUGAAAAGGAAAAUAUAGGUGACACUGAAAAUAAUCAUAUUGUAAAUGAACCCACAAGUCAUAAUCAUGAACACAAUGAAACAGCAGAUCACAGUCAUGAUUAUAAUGAAGAAAUGGAAGAGACUGAGAAAAGUGUCCAUGAUCAUGUCCAUGAACAUGAUCAUGACCAUGUUCACCAUGUUCACAAGAGGGAGACAGAUCAUGAGUGUUUGGCAGCAAAUGUUAUGUUGCGUAUGGUCCAUGUUGAUAAACCGAGAAGUCUAACAAAAGAUAUGUUUAAAGAACUGUGCCCAAGCCUUAUUUAUCAGAUAGAGGCAGACUCUUGUCACAGUUCUCAUCGUCACCACGAUAGUUACCAUGGCAACCAUGACCAUGAUGACCAUGAUCAUUCAACUGAAGCAGAAAGUGCCAAGAUUGACUUGUCAAGUGUCCCACCCAAAGUAUGGGGAUUCAGUGCAAUAGCAGUUAUAAUUAUCUCCCUUGUGGGGUUGUCAGGUGUUGUUGUGAUACCGAUCAUGCAAAAGGUGUUCUACAAUCACAUGCUGCAGUUCUUGGUUGCCUUAGCUGUCGGAGCACUGUCUGGCGAUGCUCUGUUACAUCUUUUCCCACAUGCAAUAGCAGGAGGUCAUGGUGAUGAGGGUGGUGGACAUGGCGGGCAUGAUCACGGCAGUUGCGGCCAUUCUCAUGAUACAGGACCAAUAUAUAAAGGUCUGUGUGGCCUCCUGGGAAUCUAUUUCUUUUUCUUCACAGAGAGGGUGCUAACAAUGUUUACAGAAUAUAAGAGAAGGAAAAAGCAGACGAAAAAUCGUAAGAAAUAUAUAAAGGAUGAAGAAUUGGUCAAGGUUGGUGAAAAGCUUGCCAGCAGUGAAUGUGAUGGUAUGAUAAUGAGUAUUCACCCAGAUAAAGCGCUCCGAGGUUAUGCUGAUGAGGCUCACUCUGAACAUUGUACUAUCAGUUUUGAAAACACAACGACUGUAAGUCACGAACAUGGUCUGUGUCCAGAGAACCAUGUAGAGACGUGUGUAGAUGGUGACGAGAACACUUCAAUGAUCGGAUCUCAUAACUCUACACCCAAGCCCCACGGUCACGGUCAUGGACAUAAGCACGGACAUUCCCAUGGGGUAGACGGAGUCCCAGGCUCUGUGGCCUCAGUUGCUUGGAUGGUUAUCCUUGGCGACGGAAUACAUAAUUUCAGUGAUGGACUCGCUAUAGGUGCUGCAUUCGUUAACAGUAUAACUGGGGGAUUCAGCACUUCAGUAGCAGUGUUUUGUCAUGAAUUACCACAUGAAAUAGGUGAUUUUGCUAUGUUGUUGAGAGCUGGUAUGUCGCCUAAACAAGCCAUUAUCUACAAUUGUCUAUCCUCCAUUCUGUGUUUUGUUGGGAUGUUGGUUGGUGUUGCUAUUGGCAACCUCGCAGGAGCAACUCUAUGGAUAUUUGCUAUGGUUGGGGGAAUGUUUCUGUACAUAGCUCUUGUUGAUAUGUUACCGGAGCUGUCGUCCGUAGAGACAAAGAAGGGAGAACAUCCAUUCUGUCAUCUCCUGCUACAAGGUAUAGGAAUGUGUAUUGGAGCAGGAAUCAUGCUGGUAAUAGCUCUUUAUGAGGAGGAUCUUAAAACUAUAUUAGACUAAACUUCACAAGAGGCUGAGGUUCCAGUGUUUGUACACAAACUCGAGAAUAUUAGAUUACUAUGUCUCCCAUAUGAAGUGGGGGAGACAUAUUGAUGUAGUGCUGUCUGUCUGUCAGUCUGUACGAUUGUCUGUCUCAAAGUUUGUUCACGCAACUCCUCCAACAACACCGGGUGGAUUUAUGCCAAACUUCACAGGACUGAUCAUUGCCAAGCCUAGUUGAGCAUAUUGUCAGCAUUUUCUAGUUUGAUGAUCUUCAGCAGACUUAAUGGCCCUUGAUUUAUUAAAUUUUAUGAUGUUUUGGCCACUUCUCUGUUAUUAUUGGGAAGAUUUGGACCAAACCUCGGAUGGGGUUAUUAAUGCCAAGCCUCAUAGUGCAUAUUUUCAGCUUUGGCCAGUUUGAUUAUUAUCAGCAGAGUUAUGGCCCUUCAUUCAUUAAAUUUUAUGUUAAGGCCAAUCUCUUUUUAUUUUUGGUUGAAAUUCCACCAAACCUUACCGGAGUUAUCAGUACCAAGCCUCAUUGUGCAUAUUGCUGACAUACUCAGGUUCAAUGAUUUUCAGUGGAGUUAUGGCUCAUGAUUUGUUGUAUUUUUAUCUUGUGUGGGCAACUGCUCUGAUACCACCAGGAGAAAUUACACGAAACUUCAUAGAAGUGACCAUUGCCAAGCCUAGUUAUGCAUAUCAUCAGCACGUUCCAGUUUGUUGUUUAUCAACAGAGUUAUGGCCCUUGAUUCUUCAAAUUUUAUGAUGCUUUAACCAUUUCUCUUAUAUAAUAGGCCGAAUUUCCACCAAACCUUACAGGAUAGAUCAGUGCCAAGUCUUAAUAUGCAUAUUUUCGGCAUGUUCUGCUUCAGAGAUUUUGAGUGGUAAGUGGAGGGAGACGUAUUAUUUUUGUGAAAACAAACCCUAGUUUAACAUUGUUUUCUAUAAUACCAUGAUAUUUUUUAAUGCAAACCCAUUCAUAGAACUGUUUUUUGUGUUUUUUUUUUUCAAGUACAAGGGUUGAUCCAAACGUAACUUCAUUGAAGGUAUUAACUUUGUAUAAUUGAAAGACCCCCCCCCCCACCCACCCACACACACACACCUCAAAAGUAAGUUGAUCUGUUUGCAAUAUUUUCUGAAAAUGUUAAAUUUGUUACUUGCUUAACAAGAGAUAUAAAUAAUAAUUACAGAAAUCAUGGUGGUAGUGACUGCCACACAUUACUAAUGUUAUUGACAUCAAAAAAAUUAUAUUUUGUCACAAAGCAGUAACAAAUCUUAGCAAUAUAGCAAACUUUAUCUUGUGAGAAUGGCACAAUAGUUAUCAAUGUUGACUGCUUAAAGAUAUUUCAUAUGAUUAGGUGUGUUAUAUAGAUAUCAGUUGGUGAUUGUCUCUGUUUUGGUUGGGUUUUUUAGCUCGACUAUAUGAAGUAUAAGGAGAGCUAUCCUACUCGCCCCAGCGUCGGCGUCGGCGUCUUUCUGCAUCCCCACCUUGGUUAAAGUUUUGGUGCACUUUCUCUUUUUUCAACUUAUCUCUGUAAUUACUUGAUGGAUUUGAUUCAAACUUGAAAUACUUAUUCCUCAUCAUCAUCCACAUCAUCUGACAUAAGGGCCAUAACUCUGGCACCAGUAUUUCAUGAAUUAUCCCCCCUUUUCUCUUAGAUUUUCAGAUUAAAGUUUUGAUGCACUUUCACUCUAUCUCUGUUAUUACUGAAUGGAUUUGAUUCAGACUUAAAAUAGUUGUUCAACAUCAUCACCCACAUCAUAUGACACAAGGUGCAUAACUCUGGCACUAUUUUUCAUGUAUUAUUCCCCCUUUUUACUUAGAAUUUCAAGUUAAAGUUUUGGUGCACUUUCACUCUACCUCUGUUAUUACUGAAUGGAUUUGAUUCAGACUUAAAAUAGUUGUUCAGCAUCAUCACCCACAUCAUAUGACACAAGAUGCAUAACUCUGGCACAAUUUUUCAUGAACUAUUCCCCUUUUUACUUAGAAUUUCAGGUUAAAGUUUUGGUGCACUUUCACUCUAUCUCUGUUAUUACUGAAUGGAUCUGAUUCAGACUUAAACAAUUGUUCAACAUCAUUACCAUCAUUACAUUAUGCACCUUGUAUGAUAUGACACAAGGUGCAUAACUCUGGGACCAAUUUUUUCAUGAAUUAUUUCCCCUUUUUACUUAGAAUUUUAGGUUAAAGUUUUGAUGCACUUUCACUCUGUCUCUGAUAUUACUGAAUGGAUUUGAUUCAAACUUAAAAUGGUGUUCAACAUCAUCACCCACACCAUAUGACUCAAGGUGCAUAACUCUGGCAUCAAUUUUUCAUUAAUUUUUCCCCCUUUUUACUUAAAAUUUUAGGUAAAAGUUUUGAUGCACUUUCACCCUGUCUCUGUUAUUACUGAAUGGAUUUUAUUCAAACUUAAAAUGAUUGUUCAACAUCAUCACCUACACCAUAUGACGCAAGGUGCAUAACUCUGGCAUCAAUUCUUCAUUAAUUAUUCCCCCUUUUUACUUAGAAUUUUAGAGUUUUGAUGCACUUUCACCCUGUCUCUGUUAUAACUGAAUGGAUUUGAUUCAAACUUAAAAUAGUUGUUCAACAUCAUCACCCACACUAUAUGACACAAGCUGCAUAACUCUGGCACCAAUAUUUAAUGAAUUAUGCCCCUUUUUGCUUAGGAUAUACUUAUAUAGUGUUUUGAUACAUUUUGUCUUUACUUAUUACUUUAAGUUGAUAUUUUUGACAUAGACUCAGGCUAUUGUGCAAUAUCUUCAUCCACAAUUGAGUCAUUAAACACUCCAGUGACAGCUCUAGUUUCCUCAGAUGUGCCCAGUUUCACUAUCCAGCAUCGAAAUAGUCGAGCGCGCUGUCUCCUGUGACAGCUCUUGUUUGUUUUUUUUUUGUUGUUGUUGUUUUUAAGAAACUGCUAUUUUUGUGGGGGUAAAAUGUCUUCAUUGAUGCACUUUGAUGUUCUGUGUAAUAGUAAUAUUUACUCAUAUAAUCAUAAUUUCAUUAGUGUACACUUUACAUGAUUUCUAUAAUGAUACAACUCUAAAUAAAUGCAAAAUGGAUGCAUUGACAUGGCUUUUGGAUCAACCCUCUUAAAUGUUGUAUUGUAGAAGACAGUGUUAAAUAAUCUUCAUAUUCUAUACUUAUUUUUCUCAGUAAAAAUUAGAUUCACCACCAGGCUGACAAGAUUCUACCUUUUAAAUGUAACAUGGAUGGUACUCAUGUUGGCACAUUCAUUGGUCAAUGGGUUUUAUGGUCAAGUUAUACAAGAUACAAGAUACAAAUUUUAUUUAAAGUCGGUGUUAAUAUACAGACAACAUUAGCUAUGUAUAGUUAUUGACCGACAUAAGUUAUCACGAAGACACUCGGAUCAAAGUUAUCUGCAUUGUCCAAUAUGGAAUAUAAAGUACUAGUAUUCAAUAUGGAAAUAAAAUGGACAGUCACUUGGUACAAAUGCAAAUUUUUUAUUUUAAGAGAAAAAUAAUUAUAGAAUAAAGUCUUUACAUCUUAAAAGUGUACAAUAGAUACUGCAAUAAUCUGUUGUCACACACUGUGUAGAUACACAGUAAACAAAGUCAGUAUGCCUCAUAUGAAUUUAAAAACAACAACGUAGCAACCCAUCUAAUUUAGCUCAUUAGGUAGAACGCAAGGCUAUAACUGAGAACUUGCAUAUUCAGUCCCUAGGUAUGGUGUAUGUUGAUAGAAUAUUUUAUCCGCCAAAUUGGGGCAUAAGUUCUCUGUGACAGUUUGAUAAAAGACAUUGUGUCUGAAAUCAUUCGUCCUCCCAACACUUGAUUCAUGUGGGGAAGUUGGCUGUUACUUGCGGAGAACAGGUUUGUACUGGUACAGAAUCCAGGAACACUGGUUAGAUUUACUGCCCACCGUUACAUAACUGAAAUACUGUUGAAAAACAAUGUUAAACCCAAAACAAAACAAAAGAAUAUUUUAUUAGAAGUUAAUCCUCUUCCAACUCUGAUUUAUGCAUGGAG